AAAAAGUGACCCACAACACCUUAAUUUUCCAAGUCAUGGGCCCAACCGAUAAAAUAAAGCUAAGACUAGGGAUUGAAUUGUCUACAUGUGCCUGAUAAUAGUAGUUAUGGUCUCUCGUCAUAACUAUAAAUAUAUGUAUCUAUGCCAUCUCAUUUCCCAUCUCUUCCUAAAAGAUAUAUCCUUCCUUUCCUUCUGAUUUCUAAAACCAGCCAGAGCAGAGCAAAUAUGGAGCGGGUAUUACUCUUACUCAUUUGCUUGCUCUUGCUUUCUCAACCUAAUAAUUGUUCCUCUUCUCUCUCUUUUAAUUCAUCAACGCCUCUUUGCCAUUCACACCAAUCCUCUGCUUUGCUCCAUUUCAGAAACUCUUUUUCUGUCGGUGAUUCUCUUUAUAGGUGUGAUUAUUAUUCUUAUCCUCCGAAGAAUUCGUGGAAAAUGGGUACAGAUUGUUGUGGGUGGGAUGGGGUCACCUGUGAUACGAUGACAGGUCAUGUCAUUGGUCUCGACCUCAGUUGCAGUCGCCUUGAAGGUCCCAUCCAUUCCAAUUCCACCCUUUUCUCUCUUCGCCAUCUCCAGUGGCUCAACCUCGCUUACAACUAUUUCAAUAGCUCCGCAAUUUCAUCUAAGUUUGGUGGCUUUGCGAACAUGACGCAUCUCAACCUCACUGAGUCUUCCGUUGCUGGUAAUGUCCCUUCCGAAAUCUCCCACUUAUCCAAACUGGUUUCACUAGAUCUCUCUUGGAAUUUUGGCAUGAGAAUAGAAACGCCUAAUUUGAAAAGGCUUGUUCAAAACCUAACCCAUCUAACUGAACUUUUUUUGACUGAGGUUAACAUGUCUUCUGUUUCACCUAAUUCUUUCAUGAAUUUGUCUUCCUCUUUGACAUCUCUUAGUCUUUUUUAUUGUGGAUUGAAAGGGAGAUUCCCAGAUAAUAUAUUCCACCUUCCAAACCUCCAGCUGCUUGAGUUAGGUUACAACUACAAUCUCACCGGUUCCCUUCCAACGUAUAACUGGAGUACUCCCCUCAAGUCCUUGGAUCUCUCUAGUACCGAAUUCCCAAUUGACUUACCUAAUUUAAUUAGCAAUCUCAAGUCCUUAAAAGAAUUGUACCUCAGCGGAUGCAAUUUCAUAGAUUCAUCGAAUCCAACAUUUCUUUCAAACCUCACACAAAUAACUUCUUUGGACCUCUCAUAUAAUAACUUUGGUGGUCAGUGUCCAUGGUACCUCCUAAACAAUGCAGGACUUACUAGCUUAGGUCUCUCAGGCAACAAUUUCAUAGGCCAAGUUCCAGAUUUUUCAACGCACUGGACACAAGUUUCUUCUUCAAACAGUUCUUCCAAUAGUCAGUCAACUAUUCAAAUUCCUUCCAAUUGGUAAUUCUCGUGUUAGCUGAUAACUUAUUGAACGGCACUAUACCAUCUUGGUUGUAUGACAUACCAUCUUUGAAGUACUUAUUUCUAGACAAUAACCAACUGACUGGGCAUAUUGGUGAAUUCCUGCAUAACUCAUUGGUUAGGCUUCGGUUGAAUAAUAACAAAUUACGUGGUCCCCUUCCAUUGUCAAUCUCUAAAUUGGUGAGCCUUCGUGAACUAAAUGUUUCCUUCAAUAAUUUAAGUGGCAAUGUGGAGUCAAAAAUAUUCUUUAGGCUCAAAAAUCUUGAAUCUCUUGAAAUGUCAAAUAAUCCUCUCUUGUCACUAAGCUCCUUCACCUUUGCCACCAAUAUCUUGCCCAACAUUAACAAUUUACGAUUGUCUUCUUCCAACAUAACUGAAUUUCCACACUUUUUACAAACUGCAAAAUAUAUACAACUC